CUAGGGAAAGAGUGGGGUGGACAGAGCUUUGCUGAAAAGGGCCCCCUGCAACCUAGUGCCUGACCCUCCCUGGUCUCAGGACCAGGAAGGAGUUGACACCCUGGAUGGUCAAGGGAGGCCCUCCCCGUCCAGCAACCUGGCCUGGGCUUCCUCCCUCCCUGCCUCCUUUCUUCCUUUCAUAGAAUUCGACUGGUAUUUGAAGUCACCCAGUAUGUAUCAGGUGGGCACUGUGGGGGAACGCAGAUGCACAGGUGUACACAGCAAUCCAGAGGUCCCAGGCCUGACUCCACGAAACUGGCCUCCCUGGGGAAGCCACGGUGUCACCCAGAGGUCAGAUACAAGCAAGAGUAUCUGAGGGAGGAAGGGGAAUGAGCCAGGCUGGAGCUGAGCCGGCAGAGCAGGGCCCCCCUGCUGCGACAGUGGCAUCCAGAUAGUGAGAUGCUCAGAUGCUGCUGCCCUCUAGUGGCCGCCAGUUCCCUACUCAGACCACGUGAUUUCUGGGAAAAGGCCCUCCCUGGAGGAGAACUGAAACUUAGGGUGGGGACUGUAGAAAGGGGCGGAGAGAUCAGCUGCCCAGCCAGGAGUUAAGCUGAGGUCGUCUGAGCCCUGCGACAGCCUGGACAGCAACUCAGGAUGGCAUCAGGCAGGGCACGCUGCACCCGAAAACUCCGGAACUGGGUGGUGGAGCAAGUGGAGAGUGGGCAGUUUCCCGGAGUGUGCUGGGAUGAUACAGCUAAGACCAUGUUCCGGAUUCCCUGGAAGCAUGCAGGCAAGCAGGACUUCCGGGAGGACCAGGAUGCUGCCUUCUUCAAGGCUUGGGCAAUAUUUAAGGGAAAGUAUAAGGAGGGGGACACAGGAGGUCCGGCUGUCUGGAAGACUCGCCUGCGCUGUGCACUCAACAAGAGUUCUGAAUUUAAGGAGGUUCCUGAGAGGGGCCGCAUGGAUGUUGCUGAGCCCUACAAGGUGUAUCAGUUGCUGCCACCAGGAACCGUCUCUGGCCAGCCAGGGACUCAGAAAUCACCAUCAAAGCAACAGCACAGUUCUGUGUCCUCUGAGAGGAAGGAGGAAGAGGGUGCCAUGCAGAACUGCACACUCAGUCCCUCUGUGCUCCAGGACUCCCUCAAUAAUGAGGAGGAGGGGGCCAGUGGGGGAGCAGUCCAUUCAGACAUCGGGAGCAGCAGCAGCAGCAGCCCUGAGCCACAGGAAGUUACAGAUACAACUGAGGCCCCCUUUCAAGGGGAUCAGAGGUCCCUGGAGUUUCUGCUUCCUCCAGAGCCAGACUACUCACUGCUGCUCACCUUCAUCUACAACGGGCGCGUGGUGGGCGAGGCCCAGGUGCAAAGCCUGGAUUGCCGCCUUGUGGCUGAGCCCUCAGGCUCUGAGAGCAGCAUGGAGCAGGUGCUGUUCCCCAAGCCUGGCCCACUGGAGCCCACGCAGCGCCUGCUGAGCCAGCUUGAGAGGGGCAUCCUGGUGGCCAGCAACCCCCGAGGCCUCUUCGUGCAGCGCCUUUGCCCCAUCCCCAUCUCCUGGAAUGCACCCCAGGCUCCACCUGGGCCAGGCCCCCAUCUGCUGCCCAGCAACGAGUGCGUGGAGCUCUUCAGAACCGCCUACUUCUGCAGAGACUUGGCCAGGUACUUUCAGGGCCUGGGCCCCCCACCGAAGUUCCAGGUAACACUGAAUUUCUGGGAAGAGAGCCAUGGCUCCAGCCAUACUCCACAGAAUCUUAUCACAGUGAAGAUGGAGCAGGCCUUUGCCCGAUACUUGCUGGAGGAGACUCCAGAGCAGCAGGCAGCCAUUCUGUCCCUGGUGUAGAGCCUGGGGGACCCAUCUUCCACCUCACCUCUUUGUUCUUCCUAUCUCCUUUGAAAUAGACUCAUUCUUCACACGAUUGACCUGUCCUCUUUGUGAUAAUUCUCAAUAGUUGUCCGUGAUAAUUGUGUCCUGAAAAUCCUCGCACACACUGGCUGGUGGAGAACUCAAGGCUAAUUUUUUAUCCUUUUUUUUUUUUUUAAUUUUGAGAUAUACACCCUCUUUCAUCUGUAAGGGACUAGGAAAUUCCAAAUGGUGUGAACCCAGGGGGCCUUUCCCUCUUCCCUGACCUCCCAACUCUAAAGCCAAGCACUUUAUAUUUUCCUCUGAGAUAUUCACUAAGGGUUUAAAAUAAAAUUUUAUUGAAAGAGGAA